CCCCGCGACAUUAAGUGAGAAGUUUGUAGGUUGACUUGCCGCGUCAGGACUCUCGUGUUUUCAAGCAGCUAAAAUGCCGAAAAGAACGUGUCCUUUUCCGGAAACCUUCUCCUCACAAUACAAAAUACACAUCGGGCAACAGGAAUUGAACAAUUUCAGCGUGUUUGGGAACAAAUACAGACAGGAAAUCUACGAUAAGACGAAGAACCUGCUUUUUAACGGGGCCAAAUCUGUGAUGGAUAAACUCUGGACCGCGGAGGAGAAAUGUGCGGAGCCGCAGACAAGUGGACCCUCGGCAGGAACACCUGCGAGCAGACAGAACCUGCUGAGAGGACAGACACUGAUUGGACAUGAUGGGAGACUGACGAAAACAAACGCUGCUCCAGGUGCACCAGCGGCUCCUGCAGGCUGCUGUGUGUGUCAGAAGAGCCCGGCUUCCAGGACAACGUGCUCCCAGUGCGACCGGCCCGCGUGUUCCUCCUGCACCCGACAGUGUUCCAGCUGCUCCAGCCUCUGCUGCUCUGUCUGCACCAUCAUAGAUUACAGUGGACAAUAUGACGAAGUGCUGUGCUGCAGUUGCUCGACAUAAAAGAAAAGGCACCAAAGGAGGGGGGCGGGGCCAGUUUACGCUUGAACAUAAUUGUAUAUGAAUUAUUACACAUUUUAUACUUUUUUUUUCUUCAUGUUUUCUUGUGUAUAUAUGUAUUGUCUUUCAAAAGUAGCUGAAAUAAACUUGAAUUAAUUUUUUU